AUGGCCGGGGAAAAGCGCAGUCAGGAUCAGGACGAGAUCUCACUCGCGAAGACGGUACUCGUCGACAUCGAAGGCACCACCACGAGCAUCAGCUUCGUGAAGGCAAAAAAAGAUGAGGAAGAAAAAUUGGAAGGCUUUGUAGCAAUUACUGGCGAUAAACCCGAAGAAGAAAAAGAUUCACUCUUGAAAAAUGUUUUGUGGCAAAUGGAUAACGAUCGUAAGACAGCUGCAUUAAAGCAACUGCAAGGACAUAUGUGGCGUGAAGCAUAUAAAACAGGCACAGUUAAAGGACACAUUUAUGAAGAUGUUCCUAAAGCGAUUGAAUCAUGGACAAACAAUGGCCAAAAAAUAUACGUCUAUUCAAGUGGCAGUGUUGAAGCACAGAAGCUCCUUUUUGAAUAUUCUGUACAUGGUGAUUUGCUUAAGUAUUUCAACGAUUUCUUUGACACAGAAGUAGGUGCAAAGCAAGAAAGUGACAGCUAUAAAAAUAUAUUAAGUAAAAUCGGUGAAAACCCUUCCGAUGUUGUUUUUCUUACUGAUGUUGUAAAAGAAGCCGCAGCUGCCAAGGAAGCAGGUUUAUCAACAGUAAUUGUAGUACGUGAGGGUAAUGCUCCACUAACUGAUGAAGAAAAUGUUACAUAUACAACUAUUAAGUCCUUUUUGGAUUUGACAUUUCAAACGUCUACAAAGCGACAAAAAAUAGAAACGACAGAUGACAAAGUUGAUGAAGGUACAGCUGACGUCAGUGAGCCAAUGGACACUUCCGAAGAUGUAGAAAUGUCCAAUGUCAGUGACAAAAAAGUUGAAAAAGACGAUACAAAAGAAGUAACUGAAUCAGUAGAAAAAGAAUCUGCAAAGGAUCAACCAUCAGAAAGCACUUCAAUUUCAUUAGAGCAAGUGGAAGAAUCAGCGAUAGAUGAAAAAGACGUUUCAAAUACUGAACAGAAGACAACGGAAUCUAAUGUCAAAUCCGAGGAAAGCACAAAUGAGGACUCAGGUUCCUCUGAAAACGCAAAAAGUGACGUGAAAGAUGAUGUUACCACACUAGCCACAAAAGAUAAAGACCACAAUGAUAAAGACAUUGCAGAGAAGACUGAAGAAAAUUUAGAUACAACUGCAACUGAAAUUACCGCUGCAGUCGAUGAUUCCAUGGACGUGUCCAUACCAGAGUCUGCAUCAAAGUCUGAGACUACUGUCACGUCUUCCGAGAAAAAAAUUGAAGAUUCUACAGAUGUUACAAAAGAUACACAAGCUGAAGGUGUCGAUAAAACUGAAACGAUUGAAAGUGACGAAAAGGCAGAUAACAUUAUAUCACAAUCACAAACUUGUGACAAAAAUAUAGCAAACAAAUCUGAAGAAUGCUUGACAGCGAAAAAAGACGAAGUAAAGGAAGAAUCAAAGAUUGUUUCAGAUACAUCUGAAAGCGAGAAUAUUUUAGCAAAGAGCGAACAGGAAAUAACAAAAAUGGAGACAGCAGUAGAUGUCACAGAAAAUGGGGAGACUACAGAAACAACUGCGGAAAAAACUACGGUAUCGGAAGUGGUAACAGAAACGGAAGAAACAGUUACGGACGUAAGGAAAGAAGCAACCACAUCAACUGAAGUAUCUGCAGAGAAAAGUUCGGAAAUAAUUGCAGAAUCUGAAAAAGCCGAUGAAAAGGCCCAAGCAAUGGAAACGGAAACUACUGAUGCUGAUAAAUGCGAGAAUGAAACUACGCAACAAGAGACAAUAAAAGAAGAGGAGACAGUGAAAGAAGAGAAUGUAGUGGAUACGAAGGACAAAAAUACGGUAGAUUCGGAAAAGCAAAAACUCAAUGGAACCACACAAAACGGAAAUACGGAUGUGCCAGUGUUGGAUGAUAAAUUACAUAGUAACGGACUGAAUGAAGGGCCAUCGAAGGAGACAACGAACGAAGACGCGGCGGCGCAAAACGGUGAGCCGGAGAGUUUGUCAGAAAGUAGUGCGGAAUCCAUAAAAGUUAAAAAAGUCGUCGAUUCCGCUGUAGCCGACGGUGCCGGAGAACCCGACGUUGUUCCUCCUGUAGUUGUAGCGGCGACGUCUUAACUUUGUUCUUAUACAGUUUAAGGAGCCCUUCAUGCAUAACCCCAAUCCACAAGUACUUAUUCGCAGGUAUAAACUGAUAUUAAUUGAAUCCCAUGUAUACUUUAUGUAAAUCGUACUACGUCAAAAACGUAACGCGCUACUUUAAGAUGCAAUUCGUAAACCAUUUGUUUUGGCGGCUCUAUAAUGAAAGAAAAUAGUAAAAAUAGUAUAGUACGGAAAGACGCUUCAAAUUUUUUUAAUUGUUUAGAUAUCUACAGCUAUACAGCUAUUUUAUUUGAUGAUGGCCAAUUUCUAUUUGUACGGUAUCAUUAAUGUUUUAUGUUAACUCGAAUAUAUGCUGCUUUUCUAUAUUGCGAAAGUUGAUUUUUUAUCGUUAAUUCUUUCAUGUUUGACUUAUGAUUUUCAAUUACUAUAAUAAUUUUUACAAAAAAGACAAUGAAUUGUUAUGAUUAAAGUUACAAAACUUUUUUAGUUGUAAUUCGCACGUGAUCGAUCUAGAAGUAAUCAAACGUGUCAUCCGCAUCAAUUACUACGUAUUCUUGAGGGGCUUUUUUCUAAUAUUACUCUACGCAACAUGUCUGACAUCUUUUUUAUACCGCCUAAACAAAAUAACUACGCCUAUACAUGAAAACUGAUAGGAUAAGUAAUUUCAAAUAGAGUUGCAGUAUAUUAAAAUAUCGAUUGUAUCUGUGCCAAAUGAAUUUCACAGUUUGAAACUUUGGUUUCUUUAUUUUAUCACUUUAGUAUUCUCUUCCCUUUGAUAAUUUUAUAAAUGAUAUUAAAAGAUCUGGUCGAUGUUUUAUUUUACUGCUACAACAAUGAAACUGACUAAGAAUUAUUUUAAGACUGUAUUGGUAUCGCCUUUUACAGUUGCUGUCUUGUAGAUUAUAUCAUAGAUCUUCGUUGCGCACAGCAUAUUUAACUUUGUGAAUUGAUAAACAAUGCAUUUUAAGUCUGAAUAUUUGUAGAUACAUCGCACAAUAAGCUUCAUUCAAUUACGUUAGUUUUGUUCGCGUUUUUUUUAUGUAAGGUGAUAAAAAAAUUGUUUAAUAUUAGAACUUUUUGUAUCGAUACGCUUUCUUCCAUCGUUUUGUCUACCUAACAUGGUUCGCGUAAUGUAAUUUUCUUUUUAAUGAUUGUUGCAAUACAGAACCGUUAACUAUACAGCUAAUGUCGCGAAACAUUUGUCAAAGAGCCUAAAAAAGUGUAUUUUAGCUCUUGUAUUCUACAAUUUUGCGAUUUAAUCCGUAAGCUGUUCAGUUUUAGAGAGGAAUGGCUCUAUAUGGUUACUUGAAUAAACUGAUCCAGUAAUGACAAUUAAAAAAAGUCACGUAGCCGAUUGGAUCCAUUCGCUUCUAUGUUUAAUUAUAUAAUUUAGAAGCAUUCGCGGAAAAGCAUAUCGAUUCGUAGAUUUACUCUGUCAUUCCUAUAAAUUAAUAUUUUGUUACAGUCUACAUGUGCAGAAUGCAUUUAUAUUAUCGCUUUACAGUUGAUCUAUCAGCAAAUUAAUCGCCUAAAUUACUUCGCAAAAUACUUCAAAAGCUGCUAUACAUAAAAAUCUCCAAGAG